AAGGAUCCCUGCACCCCAGGGAAGGGGAGGAAUCUCUUCCCCCCCAACCCCGGCGCCGCCCCCGCGCCGCCGCCCGGCCUCCACAUCCGCCCACAUCUGGCCACCGCGGGGCCUCCGAGGGGGUGGAGAGGGCGCCGGGGCCGCGUCCGUCGCCGUCCCCUGGGCGCGGGCCAGGCGGCGAGAAGAGGGGGGCUCUCGGGUCGGGCGCCCAGGACUCGGCCGAUCCCCGCGGCCGCUGCUCGGGCCCCAACUCCCCCGCCACCUCCACCCCGCCACCCCAUCCCCCGCCCAGGCCCGGCCUUGACAGGCGGGCGGAGCAGCCAGUGCGAGACGGGGAGGCCGGGCCCCGGGUGCGGGGAACCUGAUCCGCCCGGGAGGCGGGGGCGGGGCGGGGCGGGGGCGCGGGGAGCCGGGAGCGACGGCGCUCGCCUGCCUCCCCCAUUCAUUCAGCGGAGCCCGGGGGCCGAGGGGCUCCGGCGGCCAACUCUGCACGGCGGGAGCGCGGGCGGCCCGCCCCCCCAGCCAACGCGCAGGGCCGGGGCCGGCCCGGGGCGCCUUCUCGCUGCCGCCCUCAGCGCGCCGCGCCGCGCCAGAGCCACCAUGUCCGACCCCGCGGUCAAUGCGCAGCUGGACGGGAUUAUUUCGGACUUCGAAGCCUUGAAAAGAUCUUUUGAGGUCGAGGAGGUCGAGACGCCCAACUCCACCCCACCCCGGAGGGUCCAGACACCCCUGCUCCGGUCCUCUGUGGCCAGCUCCACACAGAAAUUCCAGGACCUGGGUGUGAAGAACUCAGAGCCUGCAGCCCGCCAUGUAGACUCCCUGAGCCAGCGAUCCCCCAAGGCCGCCCUGCGGAGGGUCGAGCUCUCCGGGCCCAAGGCUGAGCCCGUGUCUCGGCGCACCGAGAUCUCCAUCGACAUCUCGUCCAAGCAGGUAGAGAACGCCGGCACCACCGGGCCGUCCCGGUUCGGGCUAAAGCGGGCCGAGGCGCUGGGCCACAAGACGCCGGAGCCUGCCCCCCGGAGGACGGAGAUCACCAUAGUCAAGCCCCAGGAGUCAGCCCACCGGAGGAUGGAGACCCCCGCCUCUAAGAUGCCCGAGGUGCCCGCUGCCCCUGCCGCUGACGCAGCCCCCAAGAGGGUCGAGAUCCAGGUGCCCAAGCCAGCCGAGGGGCCCGCCUCCCCCAUCCCACCCCAGACCCUGGAGAAUUCAGAACUCGCCCCGAUGUCUCAGCUGCAGAGCAGGCUGGAGCCCAAGCCCCAGCCCCCCGUGGCCGAGAUCCCACCCAAGAGCCAGGAGGCCACCGAGGCAGCUCCCAGCAGCGCUGGCAACAUGGCCGACACCCCCAGAGAUGCCGUGCUCAAGCAGCCGCCCGCACCACGGAACGAGAAGGCCCCCGUGGACUUCGGCUACGUGGGGAUCGACUCCAUCCUGGAGCAGAUGCGCAGGAAGGCCAUGAAGCAGGGCUUCGAGUUCAACAUCAUGGUGGUGGGGCAGAGCGGCUUGGGAAAGUCCACCUUGAUCAACACCCUCUUCAAAUCCAAGAUCAGCCGGAAGUCAGUGCAGCCCACCUCGGAGGAGCGCAUCCCUAAGACCAUAGAGAUCAAGUCCAUCACACACGAUAUUGAGGAGAAGGGCGUCCGCAUGAAGCUGACAGUCAUUGACACGCCGGGCUUCGGGGACCACAUCAACAAUGAGAACUGCUGGCAGCCCAUCAUGCAGUUCAUCAACGACCAGUACGAGAAGUACCUGCAAGAGGAGGUCAACAUCAACCGGAAGAAGCGCAUCCCGGACACCCGCGUCCACUGCUGCCUGUACUUCAUCCCCGCCACCGGCCACUCCCUCAGGCCCCUGGACAUCGAGUUCAUGAAGCGCCUGAGCAAAGUGGUCAACAUCGUCCCAGUCAUCGCCAAGGCCGACACGCUGACCCUGGAGGAGAGGGUCUACUUCAAACAGCGGAUCACUGCGGACCUGCUGUCCAAUGGCAUUGACGUGUACCCCCAGAAGGAGUUUGACGAGGACUCUGAGGACCGGCUGGUGAAUGAGAAAUUCCGGGAGAUGAUCCCGUUCGCUGUGGUGGGCAGUGACCACGAGUACCAAGUGAACGGGAAGAGGAUCCUUGGAAGGAAAACCAAGUGGGGCACCAUCGAAGUCGAGAACACCACUCACUGUGAGUUUGCUUACCUGCGGGACCUCCUUAUCAGGACACACAUGCAGAACAUCAAAGACAUCACCAGCACCAUCCACUUCGAAGCCUACCGCGUGAAACGUCUGCACGAGGGCAGCAGCACCGUGGCCAACGGCGUCGAGGAGAAGGCGCCCGAAGCCCAGGAGAUGUAGACACCGCCCGCCCCAGGACCCUACCCCGAGUCUUUACCGUCUCCCGCCACCCGCCCCAUUUUUAUUUUAUAUAAUUUUCUCCUUGUGUCCUCGAUCUCCGCCCCCUCACGCCUGCCGAGUAACAAGAUGACGAGUGCCCUCUGAGUAUGUUUGUUAUUAGCCCACUGACUACGGGGACCAGGACUGGGGCUGGGGGGGGGCUUGGAGUCGGGGGCGGCUCUCUGGCCGUCCCUGAGGUCCAGAGGGGGCGGGAGGACCACUGACUCAGUUCCCGACCCUGCCCCCACUUCAGGCCCAGCUCCCCGGGGCCAGGAGUGGCCCCCAGCUCCCAGAGCCCCUGGAGCAUGGUGGGGUGGUGCCCGCGGGAGGAUGGGACCCUGCCAGUGGACCUGGGGCCCCUUCCUGCCCCCGCCUCCCUGCACGCCACUGGGGAGCCCCUGAGCCCACCCCUAGGGGAGAGCAGUUCAUUCCACGAGACCCAAGUUGCCCAUUGGCUGCUGCCCACCCGCCCGCGAGCCUGUCCUGGAGCAGAAAGUGCCUUUAUCUCAGCCGUCCGCGCGAGCCACCAGCUCUCCCCAGCUGUCCCCUCGGGCGGGGAACUGGGACAAGGUGGAGAGAGGGAAAUGUGUCUUCAUCUCCCCUUAUGUCCCGCUCCCUUCCCCACCCCCACCCCCACUGGAAUUUGAGGAUUCAAAGGAAGCAAAAGAUGCCCCCUACCCCGCCCUGAUUUUUGGGAAGGUCCAAGCGAGUGAAUCUGGUAGAGGAGCUAAGGAGGAAGUGAAGUGCUAGGAGGAAGUGGGGGGCCAGGGGUUGUGUGAACCACGGCUGGGGGUGCUCUGAGUGGCUCUUGUGGGCUUGGUGCCGGCCUUGCCCCCACCCCAUGUGACCGGGGAAGCGUGUCUGUCUGUCUGUUUAGACAUCCAUCCGGCCCGAGAUGCUCUGGUUAAGUGAAUGCUCAGUUGGCCGCCCCAGACACACAGCCCUCCUGACGGAGGCCUAGCUGACACCGCAACCAGGGGGUGGGAGGCCAGGCAAGCCUGACUGUGCUGCCCCGAGGUGCCUGGGGCCCUGCACCUCCCCUGCCCCCAGAGCCCAUCAUAAAGUCCCCCAGAGAGGGACUGAUCAGGGCUCAGGCGUCCACGGCCCACGGUCGGGCUCCACAUGCUCACGGCCCCGGGCCGGGGAGCUCAGACGCGGGACAACGAUCCGUGACUGUCUGCAGGCCCCAGGCUGGCUUCUUGUGGCCCAUGAGAAGGUGGGAGGGGUGGGUGCAGACCGACCGGUGUGUGUGUGUGUGUGUGCGCGCGUGAGUGUGUGAAGGUCAUUGCUUCGUGUGUGUACUCCCUCCCCACCUGAGAGGAAGAACCCCUUAGCAGAAACAGUUUACUUGCCGACUUGCCAUUUUUGCCAAAACCAAGAUGUUGAAGGAUGCGUCCGUCGCCAGCAUCGGGGUCCCGGCCGUGGACCAGUCCAGCCGGCCCGUCUUGGGACACCUUCGCUUCCUUCUCUGUAGCCAGAUUUUGAAAACUUGUUAGUUUCACUGGGAUCUGUUCCACAGUGGCCUUUCGCUAUGUGCCUCCUGAGAAAUUCGUCUCUUUUUGUAUAAAUAACAAAGUGUUGAAAAUGUAUUUCCUGAAAUAAAUGUUCCAAGUGCAAACCCGGAA